CGCAGCCGCCGCAGACGCCGUCGCCUUCGCCGGCCAGACUCCUCUCAUCGUCGCCGUCUCUCUCCCUUCUCCGUUCGGAUCGAAUCUCUACAAUGUCGAUCAAGAAAUCGCUGGCCCAGCGCCUCCUCGGCAUGUCCCGGACCAUCUCCUCCUCCCAGGCCCUGGCCAGCUGCCGCCGCUCCGCCGCCUCGGCCCCCCCUCCCCGCCGGACCCGGACCCAGCUCGCCCUCGACCCCGACCCCGGAGACGGCGGCGUCUUCCGGCGGUUCCUCCACCGGAGGGCGGUCCCCACGGCGGAGGCCCGGCCGCCCCCGAUCGGCGAGGGCCUGAUGGAGAGGCUCCGGGCCCUCGACAUUGCGCGGAACAGGAUACGGAUCUCGGGCCCCGUCCUCCUGCCGCCGCCCCCGCCCCCUCCGCAGCCGGAGCUGGAGCCCCCGGAGCUGACGGCCGAGGACGCGAGGAAGCUGAUGAAGGUGGCGCAGGUGGAGAUGGUGAAGUCGCGGCUGAGGGAGGUGGGGGAGACGUGGGUCCCGUACCCGGAGCUGGUCCGGAUCUGCGGCGAGGCGUGCUCGGAUCCGGACGAGGGGAUCCGGUUGGCGAGGACGCUGGACGAGACCGGAAACGUCGUCGUUUUGGGCAAGAUGGUGCUCCUCAGGCCCGAGCUGGUGAGAAAAGUCGUGGAGGGACUGAUGCCACCGCCCCCGCGGAGCGCGGAGCUGGAGGAGCUGGAGCGGCAGAAGGCCGAGAUAGACCAGGCGGCCGAGUCGCUGGUCCGCCGGGAGCUCUGGCUUGGCCUCGGCUACCUCAUGGUCCAGACAGCCGGGUUCAUGCGGCUCACUUUCUGGGAGCUCACCUGGGACGUGAUGGAGCCCAUCUGCUUCUACCUCACCUCCGUCUACUUCAUGCUCGGCUACGCUUUCUUCCUGCGGACGUCCCGGGAGCCCUCGUUCGAGGGGUUCUUCCAGAGCCGGUUUGCGGCCAAGCAGGAGAAGCUGAUGCGGGCUCGCGGGUUUGAUGUCCGCCGGUACAACGAGCUGCGGGAAAAGGCCCGACCGGCGAGCCUGCCCCCGCCGCCACCCGCCUCCUCGGCGUUCGGUGGAUCGUGACCAGGCGGUCCAAUUCUUGUUAUGCUAUUCGAUACCGAGAAAAAGAUAUACAAAAAGAUAAAAAGGAAUCCAAUGCGCAAAGCGUACAAUUUUGUUUGGCCUGUCCGAAUUGGUAGUCGGCGAGUGAGCGAGCGAGCGAGCGAGCGAGAGCGGAGAACAUGCUCGUUUUUGUAACGUGACGUUGGUGUACUUAGUUAUACUAUCAUUAAUAGAAGUAGUGGAAAAUUCAAAAAA